UGCACAUCCAAGCUUUGGGUUUCACGCAGAAGACAAGAGAAAACAAAGAUGGAUGUCAGCUUAUCUCCAUAUGCAAAUAUUUAAAAGAGGAAAUGCCAAGUUAAUGGUCUUGGUUUCAUCGAUCUUUGCAUGGAAAAUGACAAAGCUCCAAGUUGUUGAAAUGUAAUGAAGUCACAUUCUUAACCCUCUCCCUUCCCAAAGCAUCUGAUCAGAAAGGAAAACAGACACCAGUAAAAGCUUCUUCUUUGGGGUUCUGGAGAUGUUGAAGAGAUAUAUUAAAAUGAUGGGCAUUGUUCAGUAUUGCCACGGAGAAUCUAGUUGGAAGGAGGAAUUUGAUGAGGCUUCAAUGCCUAGAGACACAAUGAGCUCAUGGAAGAAGGGUUCGAGCGUGAGGAUCAUCCAUGCAGGAGGUAUCGUGGAGCUGUAUCAGGGUGUGAUUCGUGCAGCCUAUGUGAUGGAGAAGUACCCAAGAAUGUGUGUUGCCCGGCCGGAAGUCUUCAUACGGCCACAUGAGUCGAUUAUUGGGCCAGAGGAGGAGCUGAUGCCAGGUCAGAAAUUCUAUCUAAUCCCUUGUUCCACUGUAAAGAAGCUGAGAAAGAAGCAUCCGGAGAAGUUACAACAAGUAGGAGGAGAGAAGGAAAUGUUUGAUGGAGAAGACACUAGUGAUGAGUCUAUUUGUUCCGCAAAGGAUUUCUUUGUUUCCAGAGAAAGGUGGUCAAGAUGUUUUCUGAGAAGAAUGGGAGGGAAUGAACAGGAGAAGAAGGUUUUCACACCACCUAUCAAGAAGGCAAGAAUAUGGCAGGGAUUGGCAUGGCAACCCAGCCUGGAUUCUGUAGAGGAGCUGUCUCCGUGACUCAAGUGUCAGGCAAGGGGCUUUUUGUUGCCUCCAGUCUAUAAGUUUUUGUGUUUACAGAGUUUCAACUUUGUAGUAACUGCAUAUGCUUUCUGCUUUCUUCUUCUUCUUCUUCUUCUUCUUCUUCUUCUUUCUUUCUUCUUUUUUUUUUCUUCAGCAUAUUGGCCAUGAAGGAACAUCUGCCGCUCUUUAGUUUAUGAUGAUUGAUUAGUCAUGUUAAAAUCAUGAUAAUAUGAUAUGAUGCUUGUGGAGCCAAAAUACACAA